AUGAGGCGUUCUUUUCUCUGGCUCGUCCUGCUGUUGCAGGCGGCCGUUGUCUUCUGUUCCGAUGAGCAGAAGAUCUUGCAUGACCACGAAAAGACUGAUGGAGAGAGCAAAGAAGGACACGCGAAGAUACAAACAGAUGUUCUCCCUGAACACCACAAACCCCCUCCGAGGCAGCCUGGAGCAGAACUGGUUGACCUCGCCUUCGAAAAGCUGGCCAAGCUUCCACCCCGAACCUACCCGAGACGUGAACGUCGUUACACCCUCGUCUGGACUGUUCUCAGAUAUGCUCUCAAGUUUGUACCUAGUCUAAAGGCUGCUCCAGUCCCCGGCAGCAACCUAGUACAGGAUACCAAGGUCACCGGGCCACUGUUGGAAGCCGUGAAGCUUCUGGAACAAUCCGCGCUGCAAAACAACACUGAUGCGCUCUACCUCUUGGCCGACAUGAACUUCUACGGCAACUACACCUACCCGAGAGACCUCAAGGUCGCCUUCGACCACUACCAAACCCUUGCGACGCUCCAUGGCAACCGCACGGCGCAGUACAUGAUAGGCAUUUACUAUGCGACUGGGAUCGGGCAUGUCGUUGCACCCGACCAGGCGAAGGCACUGCUUUACUACUCGUUCGCUGCGAUACAGGGCGACACCCGUGCCGAGAUGGCCGUUGCUUACCGACACCACAGCGGCAUUGCGACACCGAAGAAUUGUGAGGUGGCAACCAAGUACUACAAGAGGGUGGCAGACAAGGCAUUUGAAUGGUAUCGAUCGGGCCCCCCUGGUGGCAUGGCAUGGGUGGUGGAGUCGUACCGUAUUGCUGAUGAGCUUGGCGGAGUCUACGGCGAGGGUGCGAGUGCCUCAAGUGCAGGUAUGAACGCCAUCAAAGCUAGCCCCAACUCAGACGCCAAUGCCGCCAUCGACGACGUUAUCGAGUAUCUCGACCUCAUGUCGCAAAAGGGCGAUGCAAAAGCUUCCUACAAUUUAGGACGUAUCUAUUAUGAGGGGCAGAGAGGACUGGACCGGGAUUUGGAUCUUGCUCGCAAGUACUUCUUCACUGUGGCCAAGAGAUACUGGAAAAAAGAUGGCCGCAUCAUGGAAAACCACAAGCAGGGCAUUGAGAAGACGGCGAGCAAAGCCGCCGGCUUCAUCGGCCGCAUGUACCUCAGGGGCGAUGGUGUCGACCAGAGCUUCGACCAAGCCAAGAGAUGGUUUGAGCGAGGUAUCUCGCAUGGAGACGCCCAGUCCCAGCACGGUCUUGGUCUUAUGAUGCUUCAUGGGUACGGAAUGCCCAAGAACAUAGCUAUGGCCACCGACCUCUUCAAGACAGCGGCGGAACAGGACUAUGCGCCGUCCCAAAUUGAGUUGGGCGUUCUCUACUUGGACCAAGGUGGGCCGGAAGAUGUUCGAAUUGCCAACAACUAUUUCGAGCUCGCUGCCCGGUACGGUCAAAUCGAGGCACACUACUACCUUGCUGAGAUGGUUUACAACGGCGUAGGCCGCGACAAGACGUGUUCCAUGGCACUAGGGUACUACAAGAACGUCGCUGAGAAGGCCGAGCCCCUCGUCUCUUCGUGGGCCGAAGCAAACCAGGCCUAUUACUACGGCGACGAGGAACUGGCAUUUCUGGAGUACGUCAUGGCGGCUGAACAGGGCUACGAGCGCGCGCAGAACAACGUCGCGUUCAUUCUUGACCCCGUUCAGUCGAGACUUCCGUUGCCGGACUGGCUACCCAUCCCCGAAUGGCUCGGUCUCCGACGCACGCGUUCAAACCUACUGGAUAACCAGAGACUUGCUCUAACGUACUGGACUAGGUCAUCCAGACAGUCGAAUGUAGAUUCCCAGGUCAAGAUGGGUGACUACUACUUUUACGGCAUCGGAUCCGAGCCGGAUGUGAACAAGGCCGUGCAAUGCUACACUGGCGCUUCGGACUAUUCGCAGAGCGCCCAGGCUCUCUGGAACCUGGGUUGGAUGCACGAGAACGGCAUCGGUCUAACCCAAGAUUUCCAUCUCGCCAAGAGAUAUUACGAUCAAGCCCUUGAGGUCAACGAGGAGGCCUACCUCCCCGUCACCCUCAGUCUUUUGAAGCUACGUCUCAGAAGCGCCUGGAACACCUUUACCCACGGCCCAAUUCAUUCCAUCCAGGACGACCCCAAGCCCAAGAAGGACUGGUCCCUUGGCGAGUGGAUCGCCAAUUUUCUACAGGACGAUCAGUUGUACUACGAUGACGCGUACUAUGAGGACAUAUUUGAUGACACCAUUGGCGGCACCGGUCCUGACGGCAACCCGCUCGAGGAUGACGGCAUCGUCGAGAGCCUUAUUAUAGUCUUCAUCGCCCUGUCGCUCGUGCUUCUGCUUUACUAUCGCCAGCAGAGACAACAACAGCACAGGCGGGAGGAAGAGGAGCGGCGCCGUCGCGAGGGCCAGCCCGCCGUCCCCGUGUUGCAGGGGCAGCAGCAAGACCGGGGUCUAUUUCCGCAGCCCGGUAACCCGGAGUGGAACAACUGGGUCGCUGGUGGUAUCGGACAUUGA